ACCGCACCCACUGCCCCCCAAACCCACAGCAGAUCAGACCCACAGCAGAUCAGACCCAGCAGAAGAUCAGACCCAGCAGAAGAUCAGACUGACCUCAGCUGGACACUAUUUGUUCCCUUCUGCUGCAGAAACACCUGAGAUACAGAAGCUGAAGGAUGAUGGAGAAUCCCUCAGAGUCGAGGUGGGUCUCUCCGGGUUUGGUGAGUUCGGACCCGCUGGCCGGUUUUCCGGGUGAUUCUGGUCUCAUGCCUCCCGGAGACGAAGACGAGCCUUUCUACUGCUCAGAACCGGAUUACAGCCUGCCCCCCUACUUCAACAGCACCGCAAACCGGACCCCGACCACAUUCAGACACAGCCCAGUGCGACAGGUUUACUCGUCUCCAUCACUGCUCAGUAAUCUUCCGUGGUUGGACACUUCAGGGAGUCAUUCUCUGACCUACAGCAGCCCCUCCACCGCCUGGACGUCCGGCGGCUUCACCAAACCCCCCCUACACCCCCACACUCCCCCACCGCUUUACCCCACCAGCCCGUCCUCCUUCCCCUCCCCGGCCCGCGACGGGAAGGACGGCCUGAAGGCGGAGCGUCUGAGUCCAGUGGGAGGAGCCGGAGGAACCUUCCUGAAUUUGGGCUCCAGUGGAAGUGUGUAUUCUCCUCCUCACACACACACACACCUGCUGAACACCUACAGCUCCUACAUGCCCCCCUCACAGGACUACCCCCCCACCGCCCUCUACUCCACCCCGGGGGCCUGGAUGAGCCCGCCGGCAUCGUUUUCCCCAAAACUGAGGAACAAACUCAGACUCUCUCCUCCAGAUGCUCGUGAGUGUGUGAACUGUGGAGCUACAGCUACUCCUCUGUGGAGGCGGGACGGGACGGGACAUUAUCUCUGUAACGCUUGUGGUCUGUACCAUAAAAUGAACGGUCAGAACCGGCCGCUGAUCCGACCCAAGAAAAGACUGAUCGUGAGUAAGCGUGCUGGAACACAGUGUGCUAACUGCCAGACCAGCACCACCACACUGUGGAGACGCAACGUAAACGGGGAGCCGGUGUGUAACGCAUGCGGACUUUACUUUAAACUGCACAACGUGAACAGGCCUCUAACCAUGAAGAAGGACGGGAUUCAGACGCGGAACCGUAAAGUAUCCAGCAGGAAUAAGAAAGGGAAGAAAGGCGGAGGAGUGGAGCUUUACCCUGAUCUGGGUCUUCCUUUAACUCAGGAAGAGUGCGGGGGGGCUUUUAGUUUCCCGCCGGGACCCCUCCUCUCAUUCAACCCCAACACACACAUCCCGUACACACACCACCCCACCGGCGGCGGCAUGAUGCAAACGCUGGUGUAAAACUGCUGCAUAACGGACUUUAUAUCAUACAAUCUACAUCACGCUCUGCUGAACUGUUUAUUAAACACCUGCAAACCUAUAAAACAUCUUUAAUACAUUAAAAGUGCAGGAAUUUUAUUCAUUAACUACUUUAAAUAAUUAAAUUUUUUUAUUACAUUAAAAUACUUUAAAUAAUUAUGCAGUGUCCUGGACACCCUCCCUAAAACCUUCUGUUUCCAUAAACAGUGAGAGGCGUAAUGUUUGGAACAGCAGUGCUGUAUUUAAUAUUUUAACAUGCAGAGAAUUGAUCAAAUUUUAAACUUCUCCACCCAGGCUUUACUAACAAUCACUGAUAAAAACCCAUCUGAGACCAGAGGAAACGUUUUCAAAGAGCCUGAAUCUCCUGGAGGCCCAAACUUCUGCAUGAUGUUUCUUUUAACUUUAAUAUUUUACUUUAAACUGUACAAAACCAAGUAGAGCAAACGUCCUCUCCUGAUCUCUGAACUUUGUUUUGCUGGUUUUAGUGUUGAGAAACUGUGAUCCCUGUUUUUGUGUGAAAUCUGUAGAAGAAUAAUACAGAUUUUACCCUUUAUUAGUGGCGUAAAACUAUUUACUUCAGUGUUAUUAUAGAGUAACUAAAUAAUGCAUUAAUACUGCGGAAAACCUUUUUACUCUACUGAAAUUAAAUCAGUGCAGCUCUGAGAUCAUUGCAUUUAUUAUUGUUUAUGCUAAUGAGUGUUAUUUUACUCUGGAGGAGGUGUUAAUGUUAGUAAAUUUUUUUAUAAUUAGUAUUUUUAUGUAUGUAUAUACGUGUGUCCUGUGGGAAAAAAGGGUUUGCAGUGUAUUUAGUUUGAACGUCCUUUGGAUGUUUGUGGUUUUGAAUAGAACAUAAAUAAAUCUGCACUCAAAACAAAAAAAAGUGCACAAUCAUUUUUUUAAAUUUUGUAAAUAUUAUUUAAAUGUGCAGAACUGUGGUACUGGUAUUAUAGUGUUACCUGUUGGGUUAUAAUAUCACCACUGUCUGUUCAGAUCUGUCCCGGAUGCAAAUUAAACCCUUUCCAUAAAGCUGCCGGAGAGAAAGUAUUUCACUGAACUGAACAAACACAUCCUAAACUUAAAACCUGGCGGUUGCAGGUAUAGAAUUCAGAGCAAAAACUCCAGAUCAGGAUUACAAAUAUCAAUAAAUAAACCUGAAUAAAGUUAAUAAAAUUCUCCUCCUGUGGAAAAAAACUAUUACUUUCACCUUUGACUGAAAUUGUCAUUUGUAUGCAGUAUAAUUUAAGUUUCAUAUUCCGUCCAAACAGUAUAGAGGGGAAUCAGUUUCUCUGAUUUUGCUAUUUAUAGGUAGAUGUUUAAAUAAACAUUGUUGUUUUAUUCUAUAAACUACAGACAACAUUUCUCCCAAACUCUAAAUUAAAAUAUUGUCCUUUAUUUACAGAAAAUGAGAAAUGACUGAAAUAACUAAAAAAGAUGCAGAGCUUUCAGACCUCAAAUAAUGCAAAUAAAACAAGUUCAUAUUCAUAAAGUUUUAUGAGUUCAUAUUUGGUGGAAUAACCCUGGCAUGAUCUCCACCAGUCUUUAGCAGCGUGCUGCACACUUUCGGCAUUGUUGAGUCUGACCGAAGAUUCUCAAUGGGGUUACGAUCUGGAAACCCACAUAUGAUCAAUGAUUGUUUCAUAUAUACAUUCAGAACUGGGUAUGGACUAAAAUGUAUGAUAAAUUCAUCAAAAUUACAUCAUACUAGCUCUCACCAACUAUUCCUUUUGGAAAUUUUGGAAAUAAACCCAUGUGUUUUAAGAA